AUGGCUACAGAUGUGAGUGUUACGGGAGAGAGACGUGACUAUCGUGGAUCCUCUGGGGAGCCUCAACAACAUCAUGAUGCUGAAGACACAGAGAAGUCUCUCUCCAGAUCAGAACACCUCAAGAAAAACCUGCAGAGAUCCACAGGGAAGAGAACUCUCUGCUGCUCUGACUAUGGGAAGAGAUUCACCUCCUCAACAGGCAUUAAAAUUCAUCAGAGAAUCAACACAGGAGAGAAACCUUAUAGCUGUGAUCAAUGUGGGAAGAGUUUUGUUCGAUCUGGCCAUAUGACAUUACACCAAAGAAUACACACAGGAGAUAAAUCUUAUAGCUGUGAUCAAUGUGGGAAGAGUUUUGCUGCAUCUAGCAGUCUGACUCUACACCAGAGAACACACACAGGAGAGAAACCUUUUAGCUGUGGUCAAUGUGGGAAGAGUUUUACCUCAUCUAGCAAUCUGACUCUACACCAGAGAACACACACAGGAGAGAAAUCUUAUAGCUGUGAUCAAUGUGGGAAGAGUUUUGGUCAAUCUGGACAUCUGACUGUACACCAGAGAACACACACAGGAGAGAAACCUUAUAGCUGUGAUCAAUGUGGGAAUAGUUUUGUUUCAUCUGGCCUUCUGACUGUACACCAGAGAAUACAUACAGGAGAGAAACCAUAUAGCUGUACUCAAUGUGGGAAGAGUUUUACUCAGCUAAGCAACCUGAUAUCACACCAGAGAAUACACACAGGAGAGAAACCGUAUAGCUGUACUCAAUGUGGGAAGAGUUUUACUCAGUCAACCAGCCUGAUAUCACACCAGAGAACACACACAGGGGAGAAACCUUAUAGCUGUGAUGAAUGUGGGAAGAGUUUUGCUACAUCUAGCAAUCUGACACUACACCAGAGAACACACACAGGAGAGAAACCGUUUAGCUGUGAUGAAUGUGGGAAGAGUUUUACGACAUCUAGCAAACUGACUCUACACUACAGAACACACACAGGAGAGAAACCUUUUAGCUGUUCUCAAUGUGACAAGAGAUACUAUGAUAAAUGUUCUCUGAUUACACAUCAGAAAAUACAUGCAUGAAGGACUUGUUUCAUGAUAUCAAUGAAAUAAUGUAGAAUAUUUUAACGUUGUAGAAGGUGUAUUUUAAUGAUAUCACAAUGUAGAACCUAAACAUUUGCCCCCUGUUCUAUUGAGUUCAGCAUGAUAUGGAUAUUAGCCUCAGGGGGAAAAUCCAGGCUCUGAAUUGAAAGAGUAUUAUUUAUGGGAUUUAAAAAAAAGUGACAAAAAAAAGAGCUGUGUUACACUUACCGCGUUGGUGACCCACUUGAAUCAAAAUGUAGCUAGCUGUUUUCUACAAAUGGUCCUCUAACCAGUGAUGUACACAUUAUACCCAGAUUCCAUGUGGUUUUUGAGCUGUUAGUUUUAACAGGAUGUGCAACCUCAUCUCCCUCCUCUCGAGCAAUUGAUUUCAAUAUGAUAUCAAUGAGUGAUGACAAGUAAGUGUUGCGUUCCUUUGUUUAGUGACCCCUACAUUUAAAUGCAUCGCUCCAAAAUGUAGCUUACUGUCUUCUGCAGGUUGUCCUCUAACCGGUGAGGUAACAGAUAUCUCCCAUUUCCAUGUGUUUGCUUUAGUUGUUAGUUUCAACAGCACGUACAACCUGAUUUCCCCCCUAAUAGAUAUCAGUGAUUUAUUGCUACUUGUCAAAACAACAGCGUU